AUGUCUGACGAUUCAGAUGAACGCGGUAUCAUCAUGGAGGGCCCCUCCGAUCCGGACGCGCAGGCCACUGUGAGCGAUUUUAUUGACUAUACCGAAUACCUCCCGUCGGACCUUGUCCGUUCCUUGACCCUGAUACGCGGCCUGGACGAGACCUACCUGGAUGCUGCAGACGCAGUACAUGAGCUUACGAAGAUUUAUGGACAAUUACCCAACCUACCAGCGGAUUCGCGUCCUAGGCCAGUCGUUCUACGAAAGCAGAUAUCAGAACAAUUAGGGCGCGCGAUGAAUGCCCGAGAAUCCGCUUAUGCAGAAGCAUGCCGCCUUUACGAUGUAGUUGAUCGGUAUUUUGAUCGCCUUGGGAGCAUCAAAUCCAAGUUGAAUGCGCUAACGAGUACCUGUACUGCGAUUUCCCGUGACGUCUCUGCCUCUCCCGACGCUGAAGCAUUACCAGAAACAACGCAACGGCCAAGAAACGGCCGUAAAGCUGGCAAGACACCCUCUGUACCAAGGAUAACUUUGCGCAUCGAUGGAAGCCGGCAACCUGCGACAUCCUCAACCGUUGCUGGGAAACGCGGACAAAAAGGAAAGUCACAGGCCGCGGCGACCCGUGGUGGCAAUCUUGCCGUGCGAGAUCCAGACUCACCUAUAGCCAGCACCGAGCAAUCUGAGGAAGGAGUUGAACUCGGUUCAUCGCGUGCUGCUGAAGCAGCGAAGCAGCUCGUUCCCUUAAAGAACAAGCGGGAGUCCAAAAAGCAGAAGCGUGGGAUGAGUCGUCGUAUCUCUCAGCCGCGACAUUCCAGUGGAAAUGUGCAGAUGAAUCGAAUCGAUACUUCUACAAGCAACGCAUUGGCAUUGCUAAAACCUCCGCCGGAAGAUGCGAAAAUCGGAAGCGAAUAUUUCCCGUGGCUCCGGUUAACCGAAUGGGAAAUGACCAAGCUUCGAAAAAAGAUGAAGAAGAAUAAUGUUUGGCAACCUAGCGAAAUUAUGAUCCACCGAGAGCUUGCGCUCCGUGGUCGAGGAUGGGAAGGGUACAGACUGGCAAAGCUGAAUGCCGAAACAACUGGUGCGGAGUUUGUAGACUGCGACGACAUAGCGAACAAUUAUAUUCCAGGAAAGCUCGUCCUAAAAAGUGAAGUAAGCGCGGAUGUGUCAGGGGUGGAAGAGACUAAACUGAGUAACCGAGGUAUGAAACUGAACGAGGCGAAGAAGCUGAAACGCGAAAACCUUGCACGGGAACAGGCGGCUCUCGCUGCGGUCGAAGCGGAGAUGGCGGCGAGACGACUCGGGGACAUCGGGUCUACAUUUAAAAGCCUGUUUUCCAGCCCUGCAGAACAGAAUCUUCACAACGUUCAAUCUGGACUUUUAGUAAAGGAGAGGCCAAAGGCGCCAAAGCAAGCCACUAGGAAGAGAAAAUUUGAGGAGGCAGCGGCUUUAGAAUCUUCGCAAGAUGUUGAAUCUCCAGCCGCUGUCUCCUUAGUCACAGCCAAACCGUCAAGUAAAAAACGCAAGCUGAGCAAGUCUGCUUCUACAAGUACGAUUCACCCAUCUGGAAACGAACCUUUAAUGGAAAGUGUAGCUACAGCUAAAGGCCGUCGAAUUUCCGCUGUUGCUGGCCCAUCGGCAGCCUCAAAAGUAUCACCACGUGCUCCGUCUCCAACUGAUCUACGUCGAGCAACAGGGCCUGCGACAUCCAAGCCCCUCCCUACUACAACACCACCUACCACCCGAGCAACGUCCCGACCGCGUUCCGCCACUGGAGCACCUGUGGAAGCGACCGGUCGUGAUCGACUUCGAAGGAAGAGCGCUACCCCGGCAGUGGCUAAGACCACACCUGGAGCAGAUCAACCUACCAGCACGACUGCGGCUGGUCGCCGUAGCAAACGCCCGGCGCCAGGACCCGUAACGUCUGGCCAGGAUGGCGGCGCUGCCGUAAGUGUGGGCCGUCGCAAAGCCAAACCAGCAGUCAAGAAAAAGCGGGAUCAGGGCCAAAGGGUGGGUUCCCAGCCUCCCAGGACCGAGGAUGUACGGGUCGACGAAGACGGAGUACUGGAAGAGAUCGAUCCGAACGAGCCAAGAUAUUGUCUGUGCGGAGACGUGAGUUUCGGGACCAUGAUCUGCUGCGAGGAUAAUGAUGUGAGUGGCCAUCGCGACUCUCCUCUUUAA